AAUUGUAAUUUAGUGAUCUUCAAAAUCCCUCGUCUAAUUCUUCAUGCUGACCAGUAUUACUUAAUAAAAAACCAAGAAAUUGACUUAUCAUGUCAAAUAGAACCUGGAUGGCGUGGUGCUACAAUAGCCAGUGUGCAGUGGAUUAAAGACAAUACUCCAAUCGAAAACUGCAUUGAUCGUUUUUCCAGCUUUUCCAAUUCCAGCUUACGUAUUUUGAAUAAUCAAUAUCAACCAGAAGGUGACUAUCAAUGUUCCUCUUUAAUUCGUGGAAUUCGUAUAUCUAAUGGCUUACACAUUGAUACACAGCUUGUAUCAGCACCUGUGAAAUUUCGGAAAGCAAGAAUCAGUAAAUUCGAGAAAGUUAAUAUAGAAGUAAGUUCCAAUGUCCAAUCAAUACGAAUUCCUUGUUUGGGAAUGCCUGAUGUCGUACCAAAUCCUCCAGGAAUUCACUUCGAAAAAGAUGAAAAUUGCAUUAUGAAAAAAAAUACUGAAAUUUUUAUAGGUGACCGAAGGUUUUUAUUGACAUCGAGCGGAAUGCAGAUUGCUUUCUCGAUGGUCUCUGAUAGCGGCGACUAUUACUGCGUUGUCACUAAUUUAUUUACAAAUAAAACAAGGAAAUCACCGUACCCAGUAAGAUUGGAGAGAGAAAUAUUUAUGGUAACUAUGGUAAUUAAAUUUUUGAUUCCAGUGCUCAUUUACCCGAAAAUAAAAUCGUCUGUUUUCGAACCAAUUAUUUUGCAUGUAGUCAAAGGCAAAACUGUUAUUUUAGAAUGUAUGAUGUUAAAUGUUAGAAUAAUGUGGACAAAGGUGAAACCAUCAACUUCCGGACUCGUUUUUAACAACGAUCGAUUAAGAUUUCAACAGAUAUCAGGAAAUUUAGUAAUAAAUUUAUUGAACGAAGCUGACGAUGGUGUAUACGUAUGUGAAGGAUAUCCAGUUAAUACGAAUAAUUUGUCAGAAAUUCCAAAAGUUUUUUACCAAUUAAUAGUACAUGCUCCUACCGAUGUUCAAUUAAUGCUCGAGCAAAGCGACAAAGAAAAAUUUUGGAAGCUGAGUUGUCUGGCUUUAAAUCUGCAUUACGAAAUUCCUAUGGUCUAUAUCAAUGGCGUUCCUCUAGUAAUUGCUAUGAAUCAACUAGGAUUUUCAAUGCAAACGAAUUUUUACACAAAUCCAAUCAAUGCUACACUUACACCAAAUGUAGCACUCUCUGGAAGUGUACAGUGUAUAUCUAGGCCAGCAAUGGACGAGGCUGAAAUUUAUGGCAAUGGCUUAGAAAGAGGUCGUGCAAUGAACUUGUAUGUUGACAAUAAAGCUAAAAGUCAACAAAACUUAAUAUCGCAAGGGCCUGAUAAUUCGACAAGAUAUAUCGGUGAAUCAGUGUACCUUGUUUGUUUGGUUAUUCCAAAUGCUAAAAGAACUCUUUGGAUUAAAGAUGGUAAAAGGGUGGCAUUAAUUGGUAACAAACGAAUAAGACUUGUUGGUAAAGCCACUUUAAAAAUAAUGGAUAUUCAGCCAGAAGAUGAAGGAUGGUAUACUUGCGAAGCUUCUGAUAAUUCUAAUCAUGUCACUAGAUCAAAGGCUUACCUUAAAGUUAUGGGUCAGACUUACAAUAUUCUAUAUUCUAUGGUUUUCUAUACAUUUCUUGUGGAGUUCCUUAUUGUCAUUGGCUAUGUUGUUAUAUCUUGCCCCGUAGAAUAUUCACUUAUGAAAUUCGUUGCAGAAAAAGCGUCACUUCACUUAUCUACAACAAUAAUUCCCAAUUUGUGGAGCAUUUACAAUCGACCACCAGAAAACUAUAAUGAUACCUUAAUUAAGGUGAUUCUUAUAUUAUCAAGUCUUAGCAAUUUGUGGGCAGAUUUCAGAGAGACCAUGAAAUUUGGUUGA